AUGGUCGGGCGGGUAAUCCUGGGCCUCUCUGCCUUGAAGAGUCAACAAGACACAGGGCCGGUUGUCCUCCCAUCGACGCCUUCGACCCGUGGUACUACGCGCUAUGGAAUACCUGUUUGGCCGUUGCCCACUCCACCUGGUCUGUGCAUUACGAACGAAGGAAUCCCCGGCCUGAAAAACAACAAACACUACGCACGAUAUUACAUUGGUUUUGCCUACCCUGAGAACCCCUCGGCAAACGCACAACAUCCAGCUGAUCACAGGACUGAGCAUUUCAGCCUAACUACCUCAAUCACGACGUCCGUCAAGGGGCUGCCCAGAAACCGAAGACUCGGUUCCAUGGGAGAGGCUGCCUCUGCCGUACUACCUUUUAUCAGUCAGCAUCGCUCACAAGACACCACAAAAUCCACCAACCCACUUCUCAUCUCGGGCCAGUGGGCUCCGGACCGAAAUAGUUGCCAGUAUCAUGAACGCAUGUCGAUCACCAUUGAAUAUCGGAAAUGCCGGAGGGAAUGGAAGGCCUCUGCAACCAAAGAGACAACCACAACCCAAUUUACGCGCGGCUAUUGGCGUUUUGGCCAAUACCCAUGCCAGAUGCACAAGCUCGCGCACAUUCAGCUGGCCAUUAGCUCUCACCAACUGAUCGUCAAGUGCAAGAUGCACACCCCUGACGAGCUGGUCGGCCAGCAACCGCUCGCGCGACACUCUGUCCAGUUCCGGCAAGGCCCGAUCCGCCGACUGCUGUGUGCUGGCAAAGAACUCCGUCGGGUUUCAUGCAGGUUCCAAGGUUAUUUCUCUGAUGUUGUCCCCGAAGAUGAGGGAGAUGCUGUCUGUCUACUCCUUAUCGACAAGGUUUCUACCAGCAAUAAUUUAAACACCGGGGAGUUGCAGAUUUCCAGCCUCUAUGAUGUUUUCAAAGGGUGGUUUCUAGAGAGCUCACCGCACAUUCUCACAGUCCCAGAGGGUUAUUUCUCUGAUGUUGUCCCCGAAGAUGAGGGAGAUGCUGUCUGUCUACUCCUUAUCGACAAGGUUUCUACCAGCAAUAAUUUAAACACCGGGGAGUUGCAGAUUUCCAGCCUCUAUGAUGUUUUCAAAGGGUGGUUUCUAGAGAGCUCACCGCACAUUCUCACAGUCCCAGAGACCUUAUUCGUAAAAUUGCAGCUUUUUUUGUCUCCUCACCAAUUGGAAGAGUUCCUUGAUGAAGAUUAG